AUGUUGCGCCGUAAGCCCUCCAACGCCAGCGAGAAGGAGCCCAGUCAGAAGAAAAAGCUCUCGCUUCAGCGCUCCAGCAGCUUCAAAGAUUUUGCCAAAUCCAAACCCAGCUCCCCAGUGGUGAGCGAGAAGGAAUUUAAUCUGGAUGAUAAUAUUCCAGAAGAUGAGUCAGGAGUUCCGACCCCAGAGGAUGCUGGAAAGAGCAGCAAAAAGCUGGGGAAGAAGUGGAGGGCCGUGAUUUCCCGAACCAUGAACAGGAAGAUGGGCAAGAUGAUGGUGAAGGCCCUGUCGGAGGAGAUGGGAGAUACUCUGGAGGAGGGCUCAGCCUCCCCGACGUCUCCAGACUUCAGCCUGGACAGCCCUGGCCCUGAGAAGAUGGCGCUGGCCUUUUCUGAGCAGGAGGAGCAGCAGCUCCCAGCACUCAGCCGCCAGGCAUCCACAGGCAGUGAGCUUUGCAGCCCCAGCCCAGGCUCUGGCGGCUUCGGGGAGGAACCACCUGCCCCCCAGUACACAGGGCCCUUCUGUGGCCGGGCACGAGUCCACACCGACUUCACUCCCAGCCCGUAUGACCACGACUCACUGAAACUGCAGAAAGGAGAUGUGAUUCAGAUCAUCGAAAAGCCUCCUGUGGGCACGUGGCUGGGCCUGCUCAAUGGCAGGCUGGGCUCUUUCAAGUUCAUCUACGUGGAUGUGCUGCCCGAGGAGGCUGUGGGACCUGCCCGCCCCAGCCGCCGACAGAGCAAGGGCAAGAGGCCCAAGCCCAAGACUCUGCAUGAGCUGCUGGAGCGCAUCGGCCUUGAGGAGCACACGUCCACCCUGCUGCUCAAUGGCUACCAGACGCUGGAGGACUUCAAAGAGCUGCGGGAAACACACCUCAACGAGCUGAAUAUCAUGGACCCACAGCAUCGGGCCAAGCUGCUCACGGCUGCUGAGCUGCUGCUGGACUACGACACCGGCAGCGAGGAGGCGGAAGAGGGCGCCGAGAGCAGCCAGGAGCCAGUGGCGCACACGGUGGCGGAGCCCAAGGUGGACAUCCCGCGUGACUCGGGCUGCUUCGAGGGUUCAGAGAGCGGGCGCGACGAGGCAGAGCUGGCGGGUGCCGAGGAGCAGCUACACGGCCUCUCCCUGGCCGGGGCACCUUGAGGCGGCAGUGUGGGCCGAGGCUGGGCCCGAGCAGCCCAGGCCAC